GCCGGCGGCUUUCUUGAAAUAGCGGGAUACCUUGGUCAGGUCCUUUUACACUCCGAUCCUUUCAGCUUCAACUACUUUCUCAUUUAUCUCAUCUGCCUCACUAUCGGCCCAACUCUGCUCUCCGCAGCCCUCUAUCUCUGCCUCGCACGGAUCAUCGUUUCGUAUGGCAUCGAACACUCCCGUUUUCAGCCUCGCACAUAUGCCAUCACCUUUAUGAGCUGCGACUUCACAUCUUUGGUCUUGCAAUCCAUCGGCGGAGGCAUUACCUCCACCUCGGGUAACAAAGUUACUUCAGAUACUGGUGUCCAUAUCAUGGUCGCUGGUUUGGCGUUACAGGUUUUCAGCUUGAUCCUGUUCAUGGUUCUCUGCCUCGAGUUUGGCUGGCAUGUGAGACACUCCCGUAAAGACUUCCGGGAGCGCUUCGCGGAUUUGAGAAGUACCGACGCGUUCAGAGCUUUCAAAUAUGCACUGGCGAUAUCCACCACAGCCAUCGUCAUUCGAUCGGUGUAUCGUGUUGUUGAACUAUCUGGUGGAUUCGGAGGAGCGUUGGCGAAUAACCAGGCUGCAUUCAUGGUGCUAGAGGGUUCGAUGGUGAUCAUCGCGGUACUAGCUAUGACCGUAUUCCACCCUGGGAUAUGUUUUAAUGAGCAUUGGGAGACUGCUGAAUGGAAGUUAAGGAGUAAGCAUUGA